CCCAGAAGGCCACAAGCCCACAACCCAAAUUCUAUUUCUCAAAAUUCAAUUUGACAACCACAAAACAGCCAAGAUUCUGAUAUUCAUUCCCAAAAUUUCAAAUAAAUAAAUACCCUAAACCAGGCUUUCAGCUUCCAUCCCAUCGAUCACUCCGCACAUCUUCUUCAGGAACAUUCCCCUUUAUUUUAGAUCUUGGACCAUCUUUUCUUUCUUGAAAAAGCUUUGAUCUUUUGGUAUUUUUGUAUAAUUUGUUUAUAUAUUGUAUAAUUUUGAUUAAGAUUUGAGAAAAAUGAGUGAAGUAACAGAAGUCAAACCAUUGAUUAAACAAUCUUAUUCGUCAUCAUCAUCUUCUUCAAAGCUUCCUGAUUUCAAGAAAUCUGUUAAGCUUAAGUAUGUAAAAUUAGGAUAUCAUUAUCUUAUAACUCAUGGAAUGUACUUAUUUUUAUCACCUCUUGUUGUUGUUCUUGCUGCCCAUUUAUCAACUUUUUCGCUUCAAGAUGUUUAUGUUCUUUGGGAUCAUCUGAGGUUUAAUCUCAUUUCGGUUGUAGUGUGUUCGACCCUUUUGGUCUUCUUCUCGACCCUUUAUUUCAUGACCCGUCCUCGACCUGUUUACCUAGUGGACUUUUCAUGUUAUAAGCCUGAAGAAGAACGGAAAUGUACUCGACAAAUAUUUAUGGAUAGGUCGACUGCAACUGGGUCGUUUACUGACCAAAGUCUUGAUUUUCAAAGAAAGAUUCUUGAAAGGUCGGGUCUUGGUGAGUCGACUUACUUGCCUGAAGCUGUCCUUAGAAUCCCUCCUAAUCCGUGUAUGGCAGAAGCAAGAAAAGAGGCUGAGCUUGUGAUGUUUGGUGCUAUUGAUGAACUCUUGGCAAAAACAGGUGUGAAACCUAAAGAUAUUGGGAUUUUAGUGGUGAAUUGUAGUUUAUUUAAUCCAACGCCUUCUCUAGCUUCCAUGAUUGUUAAUCAUUACAAACUUAGAGGGAACAUUCUAAGCUUUAAUCUUGGUGGAAUGGGUUGUAGCGCUGGUUUAAUUGCCAUUGAUCUUGCUAAGGAUCUUCUUCAAGUCAACCCGAAUUCUUACGCAUUGGUAAUGAGCAUGGAAAACAUAACAUUGAAUUGGUAUUUUGGGAAUGAAAGAUCGAUGCUCGUGUCAAAUUGCUUGUUUAGAAUGGGUGGUGCUGCGAUCUUGCUCUCAAACAAAAGUUCUGACCGAAGGAAGUCAAAGUACCAACUAGUCCACACAGUUAGAACACACAAAGGUGCAGAUGAGAAGUGCUUUUCAUGUGUCACUCAAUCAGAAGAUCCAGCCGGGAAAGUUGGAGUUGCAUUGUCGAAAGAUUUAAUGGGAGUAGCUGGUGAUGCAUUAAAAACCAACAUCACAACUUUAGGCCCACUCGUGUUACCAAUGUCAGAACAGCUGUUAUUCUUUGCAACUUUAGUUGGUAAAAAGCUAUUUAGAAUGAAGAUCAAGCCCUACAUUCCUGACUUUAAGUUGGCUUUUGAGCAUUUUUGCAUUCAUGCUGGUGGGCGAGCGGUACUUGAUGAAAUUGAGAAGAAUUUACAGCUUUCCGAUUGGCAUAUGGAGCCAUCAAGAAUGACACUUAACCGAUUUGGUAAUACUUCAAGCAGCUCACCAUGGUAUGAGUUGGCUUAUUCAGAAGCAAAAGGGCGGAUCAAGAAAGGAGAUAGAGCAUGGCAAAUAGCUUUUGGGUCGGGUUUCAAAUGCAACAGUGCGGUUUGGAAAGCGUUAAAGACUGUUAAUCCUACAAAAGAGAAGAACCCAUGGAUGAGUGAGAUUGAUCAGUUUCCUGUAGAUGUUCCAAAGUUUUCUGCUUUAAGUUAAAUUUAAUCUCUAAUUUUAUUCCCCCCCAAAUUUCUGUGUUAUUAUUCAUCAUGGGUCUUAAUGGAUCUUUGAGUUUAGCGGGUCUAUGAUUCAAUUUCGUGUUUGUACUGUGAUCACACAUCUUCUUUCAUCAAGGGAUGUUAUAAUUUUUUGAAGAAUAUUUUUAGAACUUGUUUGAUUAUAACUUCAUUUAGUUCA